CGUCACACACUUGAAAAACAAUUGGAUCUAACCCACGACUCAUUCAACUGCAUGAAAUCGUAAACAAUGGUUUAUUUAUAACAUGAAUAAGAAUGAAAGUUAAGCAGCUAUUAACUUUUUUUUGAAAUUAUGUAUUUUAUCUUAAUGAAUAAUUUGGAUACUAUUACAUAUAAAAUGUCAAAGGAUAUCUGUCAUAUAUGCAGGAUAUUUUCGGUUAUAUUAUCAACAGUGAUUAUACCCAGCAAAGGUGUAGUGCUAGACUGUUAUAGCACAACACGUCCGGAGUACGACGGCCAUCAGCAGACAACUGUUACCGGAAUGCCGUGUUUACGAUGGGAUCAGUUUCCUGACUACAAUGCGGGUGACUUCCCAGAUGCCACAAAAUCAGAUGCAGCUAAUUUCUGUCGUACUGCAGGUGACAAAACCACACUCUGGUGUUUAACAACUAAUGAAAAAGAAUGGGAGAAGUGUGGUAUCAAUAAAUGUGGUGAUGAUGGUUUGAGUAAGUGUGGUCUGUUGACUAUUGACAAACCCACAAUACUAGGACGGUAUGUCGUAUUUUCUUUUACCCCCGACAUCUAUGAUCCAAAUGCAAUUCUGGAAUGGCAGCGCAGCAUGAAUGGAACAGAUCAAUGGAAAACGCUUCCUUUAAACAACAACUUUACACAAUAUGAGAAAAAUUGGAUUUACUACCUGAUAUUAACUGACUGUAAGAAAAAACAAGACGAGGGAUUUUACCGAAUUCAUUAUUAUAAUGAGACUAUACAUUGCUGGAUGGACGCUGGGGAACUGACGCUUAAAGCUAUAAACAAUUCAUGUGGACUCGUCUACCUCAGAUCUGAAAAGGAGAUUGUUAAUGGAACCGUGAAAAUCGAAUAUUAUCCGUCAACUGAUGUGAUGCAAAAUAGUUCUAGUUUCGAACGUAGAUGGAUACAUUCCGUCAGAGGAAAACACAAAGAAUUGACAUUGGUUGGUGGUAGUUACGAGGAGACAUUUGAGGAAAAUAAUAAAUAUGUGUUGACAAUAUCCAUGUUCAAUAUUUCUAUGAAUGGAGAUUAUGGUGUUUAUUGCGGCUCUUCCGCAAAAUACACAGAUUUUAUAACUGUGAAAAUACCAGAACCACCAAGUGUACCUGGAAUAGUUGGUCUACAAGACAUAGAAAAUUGCACUGACUGUGUUGUUGGUGAAGAUAAUGAGAUGUUCAAACUUGCCUGUGAGAUACACGGUGGCUCUCGUCCUCUAACGGUUACCAUGACAAUAGGAAAUGAAUCAUAUCCACCUCAAGAAUUGAAUUCAACAACCUUUAUAGUAUUUUUCACGGUUAGGGACCACCAUCACAUGGAAAGUGUAAUAUUUUCAGUCAUGAACGAUGCAUUGUCGUCACCUUUAAGUGCUACUGCUCAGAUGUUUGUUAUAAAACCACCAACGUUUCAAUUUUCGGUGCCGGAAAUUCUAAGACACGGAGAAGCUGUUAACAUCACAUGUACGUUGGAUGAUGGAAGACCCAAUCCGAAUGUGUAUUUUAGUAUUUCUGGUUCAGAAGUAUCGUCUGCAAACUCACAUUAUUAUAAUUCGACUACAUCUUUAAAUACCAACAUUAUCACUUUGGCCACAUUCAAAAUAGAAUGGAACAAAGAAAACAUCACGUGCUGUCGAUAUAACGAAUGGUACAAAAUUGUGCGGGACUGUUCACCACCAAAACAAGUUAACUAUCUUUUACCUCCAACGGAUGUGAUGUUAGAAGUCAAAGUUGAUGCAGACAGUCAAAUGUAUGCUACUUGCACUGUGUAUAGCUCGAAUCCAGUCUGCAACGUUCAGUUUAAAGCUCCAAGAGGUAUCAUCGGAUCAGAAAAGUCUUCAGAGAAAAUAAGUUUACCCCAUGGUGCGUGGAAUUCUGUGUAUGAAGUAAACUUGAUUGUCAGUAAAGAAGACAUUGGUACAGAUGUAACGUGUAUAGUUGAGUGUGACGAGUUUCCUGUUGACCUUACAGACACUGUCAAAAUACUUCUGCCUUUCCCUCCAGUUAUAAAGUUCAAUAUAUCUGGAUCGACAUUGAAUAUUUCUGAAGGAGAGCGGGCACAUGUAAAAUGUGUAGCUGAAAGCGUUCCUGCCUCCAAUAUAUCAUGGAUUGAAGAGUUAAAUAAUGAAAAGAUAAGGAAGAAGCAAUGUAACAUGACACAAAACUGCGUAUUAAAUAUUGAUACUGAUGAAGUUCCAAACAGACGUUUUAUAUGCCUGGUUUACUAAACAAAAGUUUAUCACACAUAUCUGACUGUACACAUGAUAG